AUGAAAUUGGAACAGACAACAAGCAAAUAUGAUGAGGCUAAUGUGUUCCUAAUGAAACUGAUGGAUCAAGAAGAGGAGAUGCUUGAAAAUUUUAAUAAGGAAAUCAGCAAGAUGCGGCAAGUUGAACGCAACUAUCUGGAAAAUAUGUCUAAGGAUCAUGAAAAAGCCAUGUUGGAACUGGAAGCUAGGAGGAAUGAACUUAUGUCCCGUGAAAUGGAUCUGCAGAAGCGUCAAGUAGAUAAUGACAAUGAGAGCAAUAAGCUAUAUCUUGAGAGGAAACAGAAUGAGAUGGCAAUUGAAGAGCAACGAAAGGCCGAUGAAAAAAUGAUGCAUUUGGCUGAAGAACAUAAGGCACGCAUUUGA